UCCCACUCUCUCUCGCCCUCUCUCUUUUUCUGUAAACACUGUAAAUAUAAAUGCUCUGUGUUCAGACAUUUAAAUCUUGAUUCAUGUGGCCAAAAGCAGACUCAAAAACAAGCGUAAGCAGCAACGGCAGCAAGGCAACUGUCCUCCUCCCUUUUCUUGUGCCCAUAUCUUCAUUCUUUUCUCUUCUCUUCUUCACCUACUCUACUUCCUCCACCCACCUGCCUGCCUGUGUCUCCGUCUUUCUUUCUACCUCACUCUGUCUCCGCACCCUUGUCGCUCAACUAUUCGAAGGUUUCCCACCUGUGGCGUCCUAUCAGCUCCGCACCGAUGGUUGCAGAAAGAAAUUAAACUGAGCUGACCUAAAAAACUGAAGAAGAUUAAGUGGCGCAGAUGAGGAGAUAGAAGAAGAGUGAAAGCAGGAGAAGGAGGGAGACAAAAAAGAAGAGAGGUGGAAGACAAAAGAAAAAGACAGUCAUGAUUCACUCAAAUCACUCCAUCCGGUCAAUCAUCUGCUGCUGCUGUGCUGUUCAGACCAGGGAGUUCAGCACUCGUGUGGAGCUGGAGAGCAGAACCUCCCUUUGUUUCCCAAACCGACGGUAUUCAGGACAACCCACCCGGUUGCAGGUCGAGAGGUCAAGGAGAAAGCUCCCCCUCCCCCCUCCCGAGGGCGAGGAUGGUGAAGGCGAGGGCCUCUUGAGUGUCGUGGCCAUGUACGACUUCACCGCCAAGGAAGACACUGACCUCACACUCAAACAGGGGGAGGAGUACAUCAUACUGCACAAGCAAGACCAGCUGUGGUGGCGGGCGCAGGACAAGCAUGGUAAUAAAGGCUUCAUCCCCAGUAACUAUGUGACAGAGAAAAAUAAAAUCGAGGCAAACGCGUGGUAUUGCAAGAACAUCACUAGGACGGAAGCAGAGCAGCUGCUAAGACAAGAGGACAAAGAGGGGGGAUUUGUGGUGCGGGAGUCUAGUCGAAAGGGAGUCUACACUGUCUCUGUUUACACUAAAACAAUAAGUUCCAGUGGUGAUGUUAGGCAUUACCAGAUUAAAAUAACUGACACCGGGCAAUACUACUUAGCUGAAAAACAUAUUUUCAGCUCCAUACCUGAGGUUAUACACUACCAUGAACACAACGCAGCAGGUCUAGUGGCCAGGUUGCGAUAUCCAGUUGGACCAAUGGGAAGGUGUGUCCCUGCCACUGCAGGAUUCAGCUCAGAAAAGUGGGAGAUCAAUCCCAGUGAGCUGACCUUCAUGAAGGAGCUGGGUAGCGGUCAGUUUGGCGUGGUGAGGUUUGGCAAGUGGAGGGGACAGCAAAGAGUGGCCAUCAAGGCCAUCAGGGAGGGAGCCAUGUAUGAAGAGGACUUUAUCGAGGAGGCCAAAGUCAUGAUGAGGUUGUGCCAUCCGAAGCUUGUGCAGCUGUAUGGUGUUUGUUUGCAGCAGCGCCCCCUGCUGAUCGUAGCUGAGUUCAUGGAAAAUGGCUGCCUGCUGAACUUCCUGCGGCAAAGGGGCAAAGCUCUACUGGAGUCGUGGCUUCUGUCCAUGUGUCAGGAUGUGUGUGAAGGGAUGGAUUACCUGGAGGCACAUAGUUUCAUCCACAGAGACCUGGCAGCCAGGAAUUGUCUGGUUAAUGAGCACAACGUGGUGAAAGUCAGCGACUUUGGAAUGACCAGAUACGUUCUAGACAAUCAGUACACCAGUUCAAAUGGAGCUAAGUUCCCAGUGAAGUGGUCUCCCCCUGAAGUUCUCCACUACAGUAAAUACAGCAGCAAGUCUGACAUCUGGUCCUUCGGUGUGGUAAUGUGGGAGAUAUUCUCUGAGGGUCGGACUCCAUUUGAAAACCGAUCAAAUGUGGAAGUAGUUACUGACAUCACCAGGGGAAUCCGGCUCUACCGACCACAACGUGCCUCACAACCACUGUACGCCAUUAUGUACCGCUGCUGGCACGAGAAGGCUGACGGUCGGCCAUCUUUCUCUGAACUGCUGGAGGAAAUCAGAAAACUGGCAGAAAAUCAAGACUAGCACACACAUAUUACUAUAUUGCUGGACUCCAAACUGUUUGUUUAUUGUUGUCAUGGAUGUAAAUAUAUUGUAUUCUGUCUUUGUAAAUACAUAUUUUUAUAAGGCUCUAA